UUUAGUCUCCUCGAUGUAAAAUUUGUAGUCAAACACCGGCAGUUAAGAAAAGCAAACAUCUUUUCUUAGACUUGACGAAGGUUCGUAUUGGAUUGUUGUUGAAUUUUGCCAAUUUGAGCCAGCCUUCGUGCAGCACUGCAGCGGCUUAAUUGUAUUUCGGUAUUUCAUCAAUACUUCUGAGAAAUAAUCUAUCAGUGUUUGUUUAAAAUCGGAUGUUCAGUAUAAGUAGUUGUAUUUAACAACAAUCUGCAGUAGAAUGUAGCCUUUAUAGCCCUAACCACCUGGUAAGGGCCUUCGAAGCGUUUUAAUAAUUUUCGGUUAGUUCACAGUUCGUGUUCAAAAUUUAUGCAUUCCUUUUGGGUUUUCUUUUCAGUUACAACCCGAGUUAAGUUCGUGGAUAGAGAAAGCAUCAACUGAAGGUAUAUGUUUUACAUGGAAAAGAGUGUCACUGCUUUGAAGUAGCAUUUGUCUUUUUUAAAGUUUUUUUAUACAUUAAAUUAAAAUAGUAUCAUUUUAUUAAUGGCUGCGACUAUGAAUCUGAUUCGUUAAAAAUGAAAAAUACUCUAAUUAAUUAUGCUAAUCUGGAAAGUGUUCAAUCUUGGGCUCUUGGCCAUACAGCCUCUUUUUCGUGAUUUAAAUAUUGCAUUUAGAGUCUUUUAUCCUUUUGUAGAUGACACAUUUCCGAAAUCAUACAGUAGCAAUAUAUAAUCUAAAAGAUCUUUAUAUAAACUGAUAUCUCAAUCACAAAAACGAGAUUCUAUAGUCAAGGCUGAGUACUUUCCGGAAGGGUGUAUUGGAACGAACGUGGCACUGACGCGAUUGGCUGAAUUUAGGUUGAUUAGGCUAAUCAACCCAAGACUUGAAAAUAAUACAAAAUGUUAGAAAAUGUGUCCGAUGUUUUUAUUGAAAUAUAGCAAAAAUUUGGCAGAUAAUAGGCCGUUUGCUGUGACCUUGAAAAGUGCCUAGAAAACGAUUUUCGUAGUGCAUGUCUUGGAACUGAAAUACUUUUACGGGAACUAACACUGUCGAACACGCUGAGUUCAAAUCCGAAAAGUUCCCGCUCCGUAGACCUUGCGUUUUCUCACAAAUUUCACGACAAACUUUUUCUUUGUUCAAUGACACGGAUGGAUGACACACGAAUGCAUAACUCAAAAUGACUAAUUCCUAUGAACCAGUCUCUGCAUUUAACAAAAGACCGUUUUGCUUGGAUCAUUAAUGUGACCUUCCAUGGGAAAACAUACGUUAACGGUUUUGAAAAAUCGUUCGUUAUCCGUUCGUUAUCCGUUUAAACGCUUUAGCUUUCCGUUGAAACGAUAUUUGAGAUCGUUCAGACUUCUUAAUGGACCGUUCGAACGGUUGGACAAAAACAUUUGAAAAAUGCUGCUAAAUCGUUCGAACGACUGGCACAAAACGUUCAAAUACGUUCAUGAAGCCGUUUAAAUGCCUUACAGAACGUCUUUACAAUGCUUAUAAGCUGGCUUUGUAGGCAUUUAAAAGUUUAUCUGAAACCGCUUGUCUUGUAGGAUUUACAAAAAAACCCACUAUUAAGUAUUAUAGUAUUACAGACAGCAGUAUAAUAUAAGUUCGCCACCCCUCACAAUAUUAAAUAUUCUUUAUUAGAGCAGCGUCGAAACUGUUGCGGUGAAAUACUGCAACAAUAAAAUUGAGCAAAAGGUUUCUCGAAUGUUAAAAGGUUGCUUAAAUCCGCGAGCUUGCCGUUUCCGUCUUUUAAUAGCGUCAGCUUAGUGUCAGCUAAUUCACUUUAAUAAGUUUUAUUAUUUUUCUGGCCGAAUAUAAUAUACCUGCAUGCCUCACCAGUUCAGACAGCGAAUUUUUCCUAUAUGUGCCGAAUAUAAUACAACGAUUGAAAGCGGCAGUAGAUCGGCGUCUAAUUGCCUAAAUCAAUUAAUUCUCGCAAGGAUUGAAUAACUACGUGCGACACGGCACAAAUUUCUCUAAAUCAUGUCACAUUGUCCAGGAAAGACUCGACAUAAGUUUAAACGACACGCUUUUCAUGCACCGAAGUUAAUGCAUUUUAACAGUUUCACGCAACUCGUCGAAAUACAUUACCAGCAACGAAAUAACAUAUGACAUUUCCAACAUAGUGCAUGGCAUGUAUAUAUAUGUAUUUUUUGUACGACAUUUGUAGAAAGUCCAGUACUGAAUUUGCAACAACGCGGGUAUAGCCGGAGUAAUAACAACGUGCAUGUUGCCAGACGGCAAAUGAGGUAUUAAUUACUCAACUUAGUUUGAUGGGAAUCGGCAUCUUGGCCCGCAUCUAAUACCUGACUGGCACCCAUAAACCUAUAAUUAUAAUAUUAACAAAUUCGUGUGGUAUAAUGUGCACAGAUGGACUUCAUCAGGUCGCUUUAAACAGAAGAGUUCUAUAUAGAGAAGAGUUUUUUAAACGCUGCCCUAUGCAUGCAUGCACCUUCCAAAACUAGCGUAUGAGAAAAUUAGAAAAAUAUAUAGGGAGAGUUUAUAAUUAUUUGAUUAAAUAAUAACUAUAGGUAUGCAUAUAUAGUUUAGUAAAAUUAAUGGAGUAGCAUGCAUGUAUGAUAUACUGUCAGAUAUAGUAUCACAUUGUAAUGGUUUUAUCCGAACGGCAACGACGCAAACUGUACUCGAAGACCAUGGCCGCGUGCGAGGCACUCUCCACACACAACAUUAUUCGCCGAUUAUUUUCUUAUGCGAAUACUACGAUUGUUACUUGAUUCACAGCUGGUAUUCUCCUGUCACCAACCGAAACCGAUAUUGUUUCACUUUCAGUGUCAAAAAAUGUUACAGCCAGCUACUGGCUAUUUAUUAGCUUGAUCUGAUCCACUUAUCUGCAUAGGGAAAACGUCCAAGUUGAUAUUAACCCUGGUCUCUGAAGCCUUUUAAUUUAACUGCUAGCUUUAUUUAACUAUUUCACAAAAUGGCCGAUUUUAUAAAUUAAAGAUGUGGGAAUGAGCUACAACAUAAAGAAUAAUAAAGCACAGUUAGUCAAUCAUGCAAUUUUUCCUGUUAAUUAAACUAUUCAUGCAUUUAUUCCCCAUUUUGCAGCGUGUGCUUACAUGUGUAAAAUAGGAUGUUUCAGGAUAGAAUAUUAUCACAUUUUUGGCGUUUCAAACACUUUUUAUAAUUAUUUAAUUGACAUGGCUAAUAGAAAUUUUGUGCCUUCCGUCUUUCGGGAGCUAUUGUGCUAUAAUAUCUGAUAUAAGCAGGUGUUAUAAGUACAACGACUGUCAUAUAACUCUUUAAUUAUCGCGAGGAAUCUCAAAGAUAUAAAGAAUUAUUCCGAUAGGCGAUACCCUAAUUUUCUUUUCAACUAGUCGCAUCCAGCCCUGCUGUCGAGUGGACAUUACUCGGUUAACAUAUCGAUUUUUCCUUCAAAUCAAAUCAAAUCAACUUUAUUUCAUCCAGGGUAGUCACGUCAGUUCAGAGGAACUACAUGGUAUCAACGUGAGCUAGCCCUGAAUACUAACUAAUUACUAAAUAAAUUUAAAUUUUGUUUUUUUGAGAUUAUAUGAAGAUUUUACAAAAUAUAAUAUAAUAAAUAAUCGUACAGUUUACAAUAAUUAAUUAUAGAAUCUAUGCUAGAAAGAUCAUAUUAUGGAUUUCUAAAGUGCUCUAUGACUCUCUUCCUAAAGUUUAUGAAAACGUUUUCUUCCCGAAUACGAAAAGCAAACUGUUAAAAAAUUGUGGGUCUCUAGCAUAAAAGCCCUUACUCCUAAAUACCAAUUUAACUUUAAGUAUAUCACAUUUAUGCACGCAGUUUUUCGUUAUUCUGCAAGGAUUUGAUAAGUCGGAUGAUAUUUUCGAAAGAAAGGUGGAACUCUGAUUGUUUAAACAUUUAAAAACUAAAAUGGCAGUAUGCAUUUUUCUGCGGGAAAUUAGCGAUGUAAAGUUCGUAUAACUGAUACAUGUCUAUGAUUUUUUCUGCUCUUGUUUGUAGUUUUUUCUAGUUUGUGUUAGUGCUGUGUCGUUGAGAGUGUCCCAAACAACGUCACAGUAGUCAAAGACCGGCAGUACCAUAUAGCCGUAUAGACUUUAUUAAUAGCAGCAUAUAACUAGUUAGGAACGGCUGCAUGACUUCUGGUCAUACUGACCUAACCGUUUUCCUACUUUCAUGUUCAGGCGACUAUUUACAUGUUCAAUAAAUGAUAAACCUCGUUCUAAGUAGAUACCGAGAUGCCACAUUUUUCUUGCAGUUCAAUUCUUAGAUCAUCGUUCUGCAGUGAAAAGCGUGCAAAUGUUCCAAACAGAACAGAUUUCGUUUUAUCCUUAUGGAUAUGCAUAUGUAGCAUAUUAUCUUAAACCUUAUAGUAAUUUAUUAAUUUAAACCACUUAUCUACCUUUGGCCGAAUCAUCAGACACUGUCCCUGUAGUGUUGAAUUUUGCAUACUUCGGCACUACAUUUAUAGGAUCUCAGAGUUCGAUGGAACAGAUGGAAGGUACUUAACCCACCUUUUCCGAUAUUUUCAGGUUAUAGCUUUCGUGUCGUGCAGCGUGAUAAGAAACACUUUCAUUACAUGUCACAAAAAGUGACAUUAAUUAGAUUAUUUUAAUUACCUUUUCAAUCAAGCAACAAAUAUUAGCUUGCAAAGCUCAAGUUGCACCAAUGGGCAAUGGAUAGCGUGUAUAUAUAAUAAUGAAGAGGGAAAACAGCGUCAAGUUGAAAAAGACGUGGAUUUAUUUCAUGGGAUUAGCUAUGUAUGUUCUUAGGACCUAAAAUGGAUUUAUGUAUCUUAAAAGAUAUAGGACGACAUCACAAGAGAGAAGACGUCGUAAGGUUAGCGACUUAGCGUAGUCCUGGUGGUCAUGCAACUAGUUAUGCCGAUUAAACAAUUAUAAUUUAUUUCUCAUUUCUUUAAAGAAAGUAAAAUAGGAGACCACUAGGAAAAGUUGUGUGUGUUAACGUGUUGCAAGCUAUCUUUGCAUUUCCCAAAAUGACUUUUUUUUGGGGGGGGGCCUUAUAUAUUAGUUGUGUAUGCUAAAGAGUAUUGACGUUUUAAAUAGUGAUGCUGUGAUUGCGCGAAAACAUAAAAGGGAAUUGGUCUUCUUGAUUAGGCUUGUAAAAAGAUGUACUAUAAAUAUAUAACAAGUAAAUUAAGGAUAUCAGCUAGCUUACUUAUAAAACGAAGUCGGUACUUCGUGCUUAAUUGAAGCCUUAAUUGGCAUAUAUACAGUAUGAGCGUCUUUUUGUUGGUACAUGAAUGUCCAUGAAUGAUAUAAGUGACCGUGAUAUGAUGACUUUACAUUCACAGGAUUUUGUACAUUUUAAGGAAAACAUUUAAGGAGUGCAUUUUAAGGAGUGCAUUUUAAGGAGUGCAUUUUAAGGAGUGCAUUUUAAGGAGUGCAUUUUAAGGAGUGCAUUUUAAGGAGUGCAUUCAGAUUUUUCAGUACCAAUAUAUCAUAUCGUCAUUAUUAUUAUCUGUAUUCUGCAAUAUACCUUACAAUUACUGCGUGCUGUGUUUUAUAUUUGCCGUUCAAACUGUUUUAUGGUUGGUUUAAUUUAAGUAGGUACUUGACCUUUUACUAUUAUGCUAUUAAAUCCAUUGUGACCGCAUUAGUUCAGUCAUUAUGCAAAAUAUUAUAGUGACAAUAAUUUAACAAUCAGCACCCUGCAUGCACCCAGCAUGCAGUGGACGACCGAUUUUUGACAGAAAUGUGUCCACAAUAUCAAACAAGUCAUACUGAGCCCGUCUGAGCCACAGGCUAUAAUUGAGACAAUAGCACUCGCGACAAGUUCGAUCAACACAGAUAAAUGAGAUAAUGUACGUAUAUAUAGUUCUAGCUGUUGUGUCUUAGCGUUGCAUACUCAAACUGUGAUCGCUAAAUCCCCACUACAUAGCUAUUAUCAGCUCGCGAGUUCAUGUUCUUUUUUCAAACUUUGGAUUGUGCUAUUAAGUGUUCUUGGCUGGCUAUUUUCAUGCAUAAUCUUAUUAUACCACGCUAAUUAAUUUAAUUUCCUUUUUGAAAUUAUGAAUCACGAAAAUAUUGUCAACAAAUCCUACGCAAAAUUUCUUACAUAGACUAUAGGAACUAUAUGCAUGCUUCGUAUGUGUACUAUACUUUUAGUUUUAGGCCUGAUAACUAUUAUAUAUUGCGCAUAGUCGCGUUUACAGUAGAGACCUUAUAUACGUAAGUCUCAGGUCGGCUGUGUUAUGUAAAACUGAUAUCGCCGCAUGUCUCCGGUAACAGAUUGUCUUUAGACUUAGUGCAAACCACUUUAGCGUCUUUGAUUUUGUUAGUAUGGAAAUCCAUAAAAUUUGAAACGUUUAUAAACACCAAAGUGAUAUAUUUUGUGUGUGCAUGCGUCUGCAUGCAUCUGGAUAAAUGCGUGGUUGUUAAUUCUGGAUCAGUGCACUGAUGUUUUAGUGUAUAUUAUUGUUCACUGCUUUAUACCAUUCUGUACAGAUCCGUUGAAACGGUCGCUGAAUAUCGUUUAAAUGGUUUCUUAAUUCCGUUCGAACGGUUUGUUAAAGCCGUUUGUAGAGCCGUUAAAUUUUUUGUCUUCAUCCGUUCGUAUUUUUUACUCAAAACGUCUAAAACGUUUUGAGGAUCCGUUGAAACGAUUUAACAAAGCGUUUACUAUCCGUCCGUUAUCCGUUUUUUUGCCCGUUUUAAUGCAAAAUCGUUAACGUAUGUUUUCCCAUGGAAGGUCACAUUUUGAGUUAUGUAAUUUUAAGCGCGUUGGACGUAAACAACAAAUCUUGUCUACAACCUUGGGAAGGUGCCGGUAUCGCUUUCUAAAAUUCUCAGUUUUGGCUCUAUCUCUAUAAAAUCACAAGGACGUUAAUGUUAGGGGCGGACCAUUAGAAAAGUGAUGGGGGGGGGGAUUUUCAACGUGCACGAUUUUUAAAAUUUUUUGCUGUGUCGUUUAUUUUUUUUUAAAUAAUCCCUUGCUCGAAUUUUUUUUUCCAAAAACUGUUGGAGCGGGGGGCGGGGGAGGGGUGGGGGAGGUGAAAAAAAAUUUUUCGGAAAAAAGGGUCAAAAAUAUUUUUUUUCGGAUUAGCAUCAGUUCAGUUAAGAUUUAAAACACAUUUUCCCCAAAAAAAUUUUCUUAAAACAUGAUUAAAACGCUUAUUUUCCAAAUUUGGGGGACACCCUAAUAUAGGCCCUGUUUGGCCCUGUCAACUUAUAAUUUUCCCUAUUGAAAAGCUAGUCUCUGCACGAAUAUUUUUUUCAGACAUUUCUUCUACUCGAUUUUUAUUUUUGCUUUCCCCCCCCCCCCAAUCACUUUUCUAAUGGUCCGCCCCUUAAGUCUUUGCGCUAUGUCUCUGGGCUAAGAAAUAAUUCCUUAAUUGGCAUGCGAUCCAAUUGUUUUAUACCACGAUGUAGAACGGUAAUCUUAUGUAAUGGGUCAGCAUUCAAAUUUCCGACACAGUUUCCGAGAUGUAAUUCAAGAGGUAACUUAUCAAUGCAUUUGAACUAUUAUAUCAGUUGGUGUAAUUUUGCGCGAUAAGCGAAUAUUAUUGGGAAAUUAAAAGGGCUUCCAUACACGUUGAAAUCACCAAAUAAACAGCUCAUGCACACAUUUCUCUACUUCGUCGUAAGUUUACAGAGCGGGUUUUAUACUUUUGUACUGUUCUUUGUCUUUAAUGUGUACAAAUAUUCUUUUAGUUUAAGGUUAUUUAUGAUUGAUCCUGUCGUAAGUCUUCAACCAGCAACACACCGACAAUAUUUCAUGUUAAGCAUGGCGCACACGAUGCGAUUUUAGUCGGCCGAUAAAAAUCGUUUGACUAAAACUAACUGACAAAAUCGUUGUGUGUGCGGUGUCAUUUUUAACCGAUUUUUGUUGCUCGAUUUUAAUCGGACAACAUCAAAACGUUUUGAUAUUAUACGAUUUUUAUUGGUGGAAUUUUAAGUAUAACCAAUCAGAUUUCAUGCUGUGAUCACGUGCUUGUAUUUAUUUGGCAACAUGGCGGCUACAGUUCAGGGAGCAUAUUUUUUUCGUAAUCGGGCGUGUGCGGAGUAUACCGAUGUAUAUCGGUAUGUCAAACGAUUUUUAUCGGCCGACUAAAAUCGCAUCGUGUGCGCCAGGCUUUAGCGUUGUCUUUGCUGUUACGUUGGCUUUGCGUUACUUUUGUUUUAAAUACCAUGAUUGCGUUAAACGAGUUAUUUAUCAGGCCAGUGACAUAGUCAAAAUACUUAGCAUUAACGUCCUUGUGAUUUUAUAGAGAUAUCGCUAGAACUGUGCUUGUUAGAUAGCGUUAUCUGUACCUUCCCAAAGUUGUAAACAAGAUAUGUUGCUUACGUCCAACACGCAUAAGAUUACAUAACUCAAACUGAUUCGAGCGAAACGAUCGACUAGUUAAUAGAAAUUGGUCCUUUUGAGUGACAUAAUCGUGUAUCGUCAUCGAUCCGUGUCGUUGAACAAUGAGAAAUUAGUGAACAUAAAAUAGCAGUUUGUAAGAAAACGCAAGGCCUACGGAGCGGGAACUGUUCGGAUUUGAACUCAGCGUGUUCAAAAGUGCUAGUUCCCGUAAAAAUAUUUCAGUUCCACCACAUGCACUACGAAAGUGAACGAUAUCAGGACGCAGCAAACGGCCUAUAUAAGUUUUUCUUCUUUAGAAUCAGUAAAUCAUUCAUUUUAAAUUAAUUUCGAGAUGUUAUAAAGCUUUCGAAGGCUUGUUUUCCACGAAAUGUUUAGAAGACCACUUUCUUUUAGGUCCAGAGAUGGAAUAAACGUUGUCGGCAUUUGUACAUUGUCUAAUCAUAUAGCGAUUAGCGACUUGUCUGAUAUUCAAACGUGUCAAAAUACUCGCAUGUUUAUGUCGUUCUACUUAACUAUUAGUCGUGUAGUGAUCUUUGGAAUCGGCCAAAGAUAGUCUCCCCUUUUCUACAGUUGAGACCUCCUUUUAAUGUUCUCUUAAACGUGUGCUAAAUUGGUGUUUUGACUGACCUAGAUAUUUUCUCACAGUUACCGCAUAGUAUACAAUACAAAUAUGAUAUCUGAUACUAUAGGGAACUGGAGCGCAAAUUCCGAAAACAUUACCAAAAGUUGGCUACAGGAAGGUCUGAAACCUCGCUGUAUAACACGCGAUUUAACAUGGGGGACACCUGUGCCACUUGAAGGCUUUACAGAUAAAGUGUUCUACGUUUGGUUUGAUGCACCGAUUGGGUAAGAGAUUUACUAUAUGUCACCUUGAAUAAUGCCUUGCAUGUUUUUGAACAACUCGUAUACAAUAAAACAAAAAAUAACUCGUAUAUAAUAACUUAAUUUACUAAUAUUUUUAAUGAUAGGUUGUUUUUCAUCCCUUCCUCUUAUUCGCUUAUUUGAAUAUUGUAACCGUUUGAAACUAUUUGUAUAUAUAUAAUACACGCUUGUAAAUAAGUCUAAAUGCUCUGAACAGCCUCGUACCCAGGCGCUAUAUGUUGUUCUAUGGCUUGCGCGGCCUUUGCGUGUGCCGCGUGGAUUAAUUUGAUCGAUUUCGCCGUCCCACGUGCGUUUAAUGGCGUAAACAAACCAAAGCGCCUGGGUACGAGGCAGUGCUCUGAAGAUGUCGUGAACUGACAGUGAACGAUACAACGAAACGUUAGCCAAUAAAUUUUAUAUUUUUGUUAUGUCUUGUCUGAAAGUCAUUUGCUGGGCUUUAAUGGACCUAUUAAUACCUAGACAAACAUUUCACCACAGCUUGAAAGAGCAUCACAAAAUGAGUAAUAUUCCGAAGUUUCGUUGCAAAAUGUUGUAAAAUGCGGAUAAUAUAGCCCUGCGAAGUUUGUCGUUUUUCAGUCAUUUUGUAUUACGCGCGGGAAAUUGAUACCUUUUCAGAAAGCGGUAUCAAUUUCCCGUGCGUAAUACAAAAUGACUGAAAAACGGCAAACUUCGCAGGGCUUAUUAUCCGCAUUUUACAACAUUUCGCAACGAAACUUCGGAUAUGAUCGAAUAUUACUAAUUUUCUGAUGCUCUUUCAAGCUGUGGUGAAAUGUUUGUCUAGACUUGUCUAGAUCAAAAUUUUGUUCAUUAGGGACCCGGUGUAUCAAUCGCUAUUGUUUUAAAACUCGUAUACAAUAUAUCGUACAUAUAUAGAUAUCGAUUCGGAGUACAUAUUUUCUUAUGUUUCUCAACACACCUGAGAAUAAUGUGUUGAUUCCACCUUUUUGAACCUUGCAGAUAUCUAUCAAUCACAGCUAACUACACGGACCAAUGGGAAAAGUGGUGGAAGAAUCCUGAGCAUGUCAGUUUAUACCAGUUCAUGGCGAAAGACAAUGUGCCAUUUCAUACAGUUGUAUUUCCAGCAACAUUACUGGGAACCAAGGAACCUUACACCCUACUCAACAGUAUUAAUGCCACAGGUGAGAUGAAUUUCGUUUCUGCACAUAACUGAUCUGAAAACUAGGAUACGAAAGAGAGAGAAAAGUGAGGUCAUGGAUAAGCAAUUUCUAUUCAGACAAUACGUGUCCUUUCUAAUCCUUGAUCAGAAAUUCUAAGAUCCUCUUGUAACAAGUCAGCAACACCAUGCAUCCUAGUAGAUUUGUGGUGGUAACCAUUCCAUUAACUUUGUUCGUGCAUAGCAGGUGCAAUACGCUGCCCUAGGUUUGCAAUUAUAACUAAGUAUGAAAACUGUGGCGUUGAAUUGAACCAGAUAGGUAAUAUAUAUAGUACAUGCGUUCAUGAUUGUGGUUGUAAUUAGGAGUUCAGUACAUUUUUUAACUUCUAAGUCUUUUACUAAUUUUUUCCUGUCUCCUUAAUUCUUCUUAGUUGUUCUUAAUGUCCGGCACUGAUAUCUACUGCUUAUCGUCUGCAGGGAAAGCAAGCAUUCAUUAAUUUUUUCUAUAUAACACAGAUGAAAUAAUUAAGUCCUCCCUACCCGCAAUCAGCAUGCAUUAAAUAAUUAUUUAAUGUAUGCAAUUAAUGCAAAUAACAAGACAAUAUAAUAAUUAUUUUCUAUGAUUGUAGAGUACUUGAAUUACGAAGACGGAAAGUUCUCCAAAAGUCGUGGCGUAGGUGUGUUUGGUAACGAUGCCAAGGAUACAGGAAUACCUUCGGAUAUUUGGAGAUUCUAUUUGCUGCAAACUAGACCUGAAUCACAAGUACGUUAAUGUUAAGUACACUCGAAUUUAGUUGGUUCGCAUUUAAUUAACAUUACUUCAAUUACUUUUAUUGCCUAAUCUUGGACCAGUUGUGAUUGCAAUUGGCAGAUUAUCUGCCCAGAUGGAGGCAGGGGUUACGCCGCACUCCAAAGAUACUCACCUCCAGAAAAAGUGAUUAAUUAGCAUUCUUCGAUAAAAUCUUCAUUAUUUUGGUGCAAACUCCUGUUCCCAAAAAAUCUGCAACUCACUAUCAGAUCUCACUAGUCCCUGCCGUUCUAGGUAAAUAGUUUUAACUAUUUACCUACAACGGCAGGGACUAGUGAGAUCUGAUAGUAGGUUGCAGUAUUACUAAAAAUACUGCUUUGGCAAGCAAUCCAGUCCAAGCAACGAGCUCGCAUAAUUUCAUUCUAAGUAUGUGUUAUAUAAUUACCAAUUCAUCCUGUCAGUCAGUAAUCACGGUUCUUUUCUCUAGCCAAUUUAUUUAGGGCGCGUCGCGUGGGGAGGUGGGGGGACUGGGGGCGGGAUGCUGGACAAGCAACCGAAUAGGCGAACCGCACUCUGAACCCAAUAAAGACCAGCAGCGCAGCGCGCUGCCGCUCCACACCUUGCCUUGUAGUUUUUUUGCUACAAUGUACCGGAUGGGUUAAAUAAAUGUAAAUCCACGAAAGCUCUACACCACACAAGAGAUUCAAGAGAUCAGCCUGCAUUCACGAUAUAAAUACUAACUAGGUUACCUGCAAGGUAGGGAUUGCUGCGGGCAUUAAAAGCAAAUAGAACUACAGUAAAAAGCACAAAUUAUAUCAAGCACAGUGAUUACUCGCAGCGUCUAGUGAGCUGUGAAUGGAACUGAGAAGAAGCAAUAUAUAUUGAAAUAGCAAGUGUCAUGCAAGUGUCAAGAGUCAUGCAAGCAAAGACCAGGGGUUAAAGGGCAAUCAGGGGUGACAUACAUUAAACAUGUGCGUCUCAUUGACAUACAGGAAAUUAAGGAUCAGAUUUCAUAUCAAGUCUGUUUAAUGCUAAGCGCAUCUACCACAUUAUAUAGACUAUAUACACAGAUUUAUCACACUAAGAAACCAAAACUUGAUAAAAAUAUAGAACUGACAGUGGCCAAAGUCCAAAACAAAUGUAAGCGUAAGUUGCGUAACAUUAGACUUGAAAAAGCUUUAGAAAUUCGAUAAAGAUUCGAAGACUCGAGGGAGUUUAAAAUUUGUGUUCUGCGCAUAGAAAGCGCGCACGACCACAAUUCCAUGCGCUUAAUAAAAUUUAGUUCAAAACCCCCUCUCUGCAUAUAUUAGGCUGCUGCUACGCUCGCUCGCUUCAGGCUCGCUCGCUCCGCAGCAAUUAUAAUACAGUACCUCAAACGUUUAAAAGUAUCAUACUUUAAGAAUAACAAAUUUAAUUUUUGUAACACCCUCGCCCUUGCUCCCCUAUUUGCCAGCAGCGGUAUGCAAUACUGUUUGGUCCGCCAUAAAUCUACCACGGCAUGUUGUACUAUACUGGUAAGGUUUUCUGGGGCUUAUGUAAACAACCUCUAAUUAAAAUAUCGCUUGCUUUUCAGGACACUGUAUUUUCUUGGGCGGAAUUUGCUAUGAGGAACAACACAGAGUUGCUGAACAAUUUGGGAAACUUCGUCAACAGGUUAGCUCUUACACUCCAAGUCUCCAACUGUUUGUAUGGCAAUAUAGUUCAAUUGCAAAAUACCGAAUAUAGUGAAAGCCUAAGGAUAUCUAAUUACAGUUAUUUUAACUUAAUGUGGCCUUAUUUUCCUUCCUAAUAUUUUUCUUCCUAAUAUUUUUCUUUCCAUAACAUGCAGAGCUCUGGUGUUUUUGAACAACAACUUCAAUAAGAAGAUGCCAUCAAUAAUAUUGAAUGAUGAAGACAAGAAACUGAUUGCUUUGGUCAACCGCGAGUUGAAACAAUAUAUCCAGUUGAUGGAUCUCAUCAAGUAAGCAGCUCUGACUUGCAUAUAAUUAUAGCAUAGUUAAUGAUAGGGUCUAUUUAGGGUACGGCGUAUAAUAUAAUAGCCUCAGAUACUUUCCACGAGCGAUUCACUUCAGUAAUUGGCGGCUUAGCUGAUACUCAGUUAAAUCAUAAAUAGAACAUCGUCACUCGUGGAAGUCAAAAGUGAAGGCUAACAAAAAAUGCAGAAGGUCCGUUUGCGUCUUAAUAUUGGCCUAAAUUUUCCAAAUUUUAUCGGGGGAGUAUACUCCUUCAUCCUUCUAUACCAGAUUUAGACCUGACGUUCCAUUGUUUUGCCGUCAAUGUGCGACCAUGCAUAUAUACACGCGCUAUAUUUGGAUUCAGAAUUAAAAAGAUCAGACCCCUCCCCUCGCAUAGUGUUCACCACCGCUUCUUGGUGAUGCAAAUUAGAUUUAAAAAAUCACAUUGUUUGGACCCUUACACCUCGAUCCAUGGGUGUUUUUUUUUAUAAAGACGCUUUCAAAUAAACGAGUUGAGCAGUAAACAUACAUUGGCUUUCUUUAAUCCAUGCAAUGCCAUCACCAAAUAUUAUAUCCGUUAAUAUCACCUUACAAUUCAACUAUUCACGGAUCUUUUUAGAAUGAGAGAUGGUUUAAAAGUUGUGCUGAAUAUUUCUAAGCUUGGUAAUCAAUAUAUUCAGGCCAAUAAACCUUGGGUAUUGGUCAAGGGAAAUGAUGAUGAAAGGUAUGGGCAUCAGUUAUUUUUAAAUGAAUGUGUGGUGCACUUUCAUCACAUUCAUUUAAAGCAUUUAUAGUUUCGUAGAUCGUUUUCGUACCAACCACAGGUUCAAACAUAAUACAUUGAUGAUUUAAAUGUUUAUAUAUUUCCACCCCUUGUCGAUGUUUUUCUUCAUGUUUAAAUAUUUUAUUUCAGGGCAAAGGCUGGCAAUGUGAUUGGUCUUGCAUGUAACCUGACAAGUUUAUUGUCUGUUCUCAUUCAUCCUUUCAUGCCAGGUGUUAGUGCAGAAAUCCGAAAACAACUUCAGGUAUAUAUAUAUAUAUAUAUAUAUAUAUACAAGAUUGCUGAAAAUAGCAGUAGUACUAAUAGGCCAUAUUGAAAUCAUACACAAUGAUUUCUCCUUGAAUUUUGAGUCGGGUUAAUUCGGUAAAUUUAGAUUAAUCUGUCCACAACCACCAUACUGAAUUAACCACAACGAAACACGAUUACGUACGCUAAUAAACUCCUGAUUUUCUUUUAAAUUUAUUUAAGGAAGAGAAAGUUGUGUUGGUGUUGUGUGGGAAACCCAGUUUCUAACACUACAAAAAUGCAGAAUUGCAAGUAACACUACAAAAAUGCAGAAUUGCAAGUAAAUGUACAAUUGCAAGUAACACUACAAAAAUGCAGAAUUGCAAGUAAAUGUACAGUCAAUUGCAAUUGUACAAAAAUGCAGAAUUGCAAGUAACACUACAAAAAUGCAGAAUUGCAAGUAAAUGCAGAAUUGCAAGUAAAAUGACGUAAUCAUACUAAUAUGAUGUUUAACGAACCAGUCACGUAUAGGUCUAAAACUCUUUCCUCCGCAGAGGCUUUAGUUGCAUGGUUAUGAUUACGAUUAGUAUUGAGAUACAUUUCACUACACUUUACAUGGCGGAUCUUGGAACACGAGCGGAGGCGCUAGUGAAAUAUUAAUGUAUCUGAAUACUGAUCGUAAUCAUAGUCAAUUAAAGCCUCUGCGGAGGAGAGAGGGACUAAAACCACUUUUGCAUGCAUCGAGCUCGACGUAUGAAAUACUCAUUUUUUACAUUCAUUUUAAAAGUACGUAAUAAAGUUAAUUCCUGAAAACAUAAUAUCUCAUUUUAAAUUUAAACAAACUUUAUUUUAGGUUUCUGACGAACAUUGUGUCAUUGUUGAUUCAUUUGUACCACAUCUGGAAACUGGUCACAUUAUUGGCGAGGUAUGAGGAACGUACUUUCAAAUCUUUAUAAAUAAAUAAUGUAUUCAUUGAAUAUCUUAGUAACUAAACUGAGAACUGAUCUCCAUGCAAGUUCUAGACAUAUAUUUAUAUUUUAUACUUACUUUGAUAUCGCGUUUAAAUAUCUUUCUUUUAUUUCAGCCCAAACCUUUGUUUGAAAAAAUGGACAGCAACAAAAUGGAAGAAUUCCGACAAAUUUAUUCUGGGCAACAAAGUAAUCGAAAUAAGGUAAUAUAUAUAUUAUUUGUUAUAUAGUUAGUGUCAAAGUUCAAUUUUUCUGUUUGCCGAUUGGUCAAAACCGUAUCACGUAUAUAUAUUAUAUAUCGUAGAGAGAAGAUAAAGUAGGAUGAUAAACAAUAAUAAACCAACUAUCUCUUUACGUUUAUUUCUAUUUUCCUAUAUAAAAAGCAUCAAUCGAUCAACUUUCUGCUAAACUGACUCUCUAUAUGUAUUCCCAACCAUACAAUCGCUAUUCAUCAAGAAACCUCUCAAAUCAUCUAUUUGCAUCAAAGGUCCCAAAGGAAUUCCCUUCUUGACAUUAGAUCUAUAUGAAAACGUUUCCUCAAUAAAUACUACUACUAGGCCUAUAUCAUGUAUGUAAUUCGAAAUAAGCCACAUGUUGAAAGUUUCACGUCAUGGUAAGUAGUUAGUAAUCCACGUCGAAAAACAUUUUCUUUUUUAGGGGAAGCCAACAGAAGAAGAAAUAAAAGCUCUUGAGGGUGAUAUUGCAAAACAGGUCAGUAUUUUGAUUUUUUUAAGAAAUUGAAUUUAAUAUUGGCGUAAAGCAAAAAUCUCUGAGUAGAACUUUGAACUUAGACAGAUGUUAGUUAGUAAUUAAAGAACCACUGACAUAUGCGAAUCUCUAUAGUAUAUCAUGUGUAUAUAUCAUGUGUCAGUGGGUUGAAUUGGCGAUGUUGUAUGAUCUGAUUUAUACAUCUGCAUGUAGUGAUUAUUGAAACUGCACAUAUUUAUUUUGAGUUUUCGUUAUGAAAAAAAUAAGUUAAAUGUUAUUAUUCUAGGGUGAUGUUGUACGCCAGCUAAAUGCAAAUAAAGCUGAGAAAUCAACGAUCGACGCCGCAGUGGCUAAACUGCUGGAUCUUGAAAAGAAAUUGAGUCCAGCAACUGGAACCAAUCCUAAUGAGAAAUGACACUUCUGCCAAGAAAAUGAAAAAGAGAAAGAAUAAAUAAAUUGAUUGAUAAAAAUAAAACUAUAUAAUGAAUGUUUUAAAAUAAAAUAGAAAAGUUCGAUAGGAACAUUUCCUUCUUCACUAGGACAUUGGCGGUUAGGGCUUCACCUAUGACCGACCGUUUAAAGUUUAAUUUAGUACUGACAAUGCUGAAAUAAUGCGAUUGAAGUGUAUUCUGUGCGGUAUUAAUUACGAUAUAUUACACUCUAGUGCAAGAAUAAGCACGAUAAUUUUUAUCCCUUUUCUUUAGCCAACGUCAUAUAGACAUUAACGCAUGGGGCUAUAAAGCUUUCUGACAAGUUGCAUAGACCUUUAAAACGAAUUGCACUUAUAUAUAGGGUC